AUGCGCUGCGCUCUCUUGAUCUGCCUCCUGCUUGCGGCGGCCCGCGGGGAGAACGCAGAAAGUCCUCAAGCCAGAGGUCAGACGAAGCGAGGUGCUAUUGGUCUCAGCAGCUACGGCAGCAGUCUUGCUAGCUACGGCAGCAGUCUUGGCAGCUACGGCAGCAGUCUUGGCAGCUACGAGGGUCUCAGCAGCUAUGGUGAUGUCAGCAGCUAUGGUGGUGUCAGCAGCUAUGGCGGCAGCGUCAGCAGCCUCAACAGCCUAGACCUCUCCUCUGCCGGCGUCUACCCCUCAGGGGGCCUCGCUCUCGGAGGAGGCCCAGUUAGAGUCUCCGUUUCCUCAGUCCCAGCAACAGUCCGUACCAUCAACCAAGCCAUCGCUGUUCCCGUUCCACAACCUGUACCUGUCACAGUCACCAGACCCGUAGCUGUUCCAGUGCCGCAACCAGUUCCGGUGUCCGUUCCCCGUCCCGUCCCAGUUGCCGUUCCACAACCUUAUCCCGUAACCGUUCCUAAACCCUACCCCGUAUCUGUCCCGAGACCAGUUCCUGUCAGAGUUCCUCAACCUGUUCCCGUACCUGUUCCUCAGCCUUAUGCCGUCUCUGUACCACAACCUUAUCCUGUCACUAUUACCAGACAUGUUCCAGUACCUGUUCCUGCUCCGGUGACUAUUCCCGUUCCCGUAUCAGUUCCAGCACCUAUCGCACUCCCUGCUCCUGCUCUUGCGUACCCGUCGACUCCAACCUUCUCGCUGUCUUCGGGCCCCUCUCUUACUCUAUCCGCUGGGUCUCCUUCACUGUAUGGAUACGGAGGAUAUGGCGGCUAUGCAUCAUCCUUCGGACUGGGAUCGGGGGAGUAUUUGUACAAGUACAAGACGUCUGUUCGUGUGAAGGACUCGCCCUGGAUACCAAUAGUGCCACCUAGACCACCCAAAAAAGUGUCUUCUUCACUAGGUUAUAUACCAAUAUAUAAAGAAUGUGUUCAUUGAUAGUCAAUUUCCAUAGGUUAUUUUGUGCAUAUUGUAUAGGUUUCAUAAUAAAUUUAUUUUUUGUAAAA